AUGACAGUCCCUACCUUGAGAAUAGGCGUCGACGUCGGCGGAACAAACACAGAUGGCGUCAUCCUCGAUCCAACCUCCUCCUCCUCCUCUCCCCUCGGCAUCCUCGCCACCCAAAAGACCCCAACAACACCCAACCCAAGCACCGGCAUCACAACCGCAAUCUCGCACAUGUUCUCAACCUCCAACAUCCCCCCCUCCCGCAUCGCAAGCGUCACAAUCGGCACAACGCACUUCAUUAACGCCGUGAUAGAACAAGACGCGACCCGCCUUGCCCCCGUCGCCGUCAUCCGCCUCUGCGGUCCCUUCUCCGCAACCAUCCCUGCCGGCGUCGACUGGCCUCCCGCAUUGCGCAAUAUCAUCUGCGCCCACCGCUCUCUCGUAGACGGCGGGUUGGAGAUUGACGGAGAUUUGAUUGCGGAGCUAGAUGAAGAUGCCGUGCGGCGCGAGGUGGAGGUUAUUCGCGCCAAGGGAAUCAGAAGUAUCGUCGUUGUGGGGGUUUUCAGUCCCAUUGACGUCGUGUAUAGACAGGAAGAGAGGGCGGCGGAGAUUAUUCGUGAUGUUUAUCCCGGAGCUGACGUGGUGAUGUCCAAGGACGUGGCGAAUAUCGGGUUUCUUGAGCGCGAGAACGCGGCUAUUCUCAAUGCUUCCAUUCUUCCCUUCGCUAGACGAACCAUUCGGUCCUUCCAGGAUGCCGUUACGCAGCUAGGCCUCACCUGCCCCGUCUUCGUGACGCAGAAUGACGGGACGAUCCUCCCGGCUGCUGCGGCGGCGCGGUUGCCCAUCAGGACAUUCUCCAGCGGACCGACAAAUAGCAUGCGCGGUGCGGCGUUCCUCACGAGGAACUUGGAAGAAGAGAAGGAGGGGGCGGGCCCGAUGAUGGUUGUCGAUAUCGGCGGGACAACGACGGACGUGGGAUUAUUACUGGCCAACGGGUUCCCCAGACAGGCGGCGGCGUACAGCGAGAUCGCGGGGGUACGGACGAACUUUUCGUACCCAGAUGUUAAGAGCAUCGGGCUCGGAGGCGGGUCUAUCGUCAAGAAAGACGAGCGUACCGGCGAGAUAACAAUUGGGCCGCAGAGCGUAGGAUAUCAAAUCCAAACAAAGUCUCUGGUUUUCGGCGGCGAUGUCGCCACGGCUACGGAUUAUACUGUACUCGCAGAUCCAGACACCAUUGAUAUCGGAGACCGGUCUCUCGUCGAAGGUAUAAGCGGCCUCGCUGAUGACGUCCCGGCGUUCAAGGCUAAGGUGAAGGCGAUGCUGCAGCGGAUCGUGGACACGAUGAAGACUUCGCCCAAGGAUAUACCCGUCGUUCUUGUCGGCGGAGGCGCGGUGAUUGCGCCGGAUGAGUUGAAGGGGGCCAGUAGGGUUGUCAAGCCUGCGUGGUCUGGGGUAGCAAAUGCAAUUGGGGCUGCGACGGCGAGGGUUAGUGGUGUUGUUGACUCGAUUGAGAGCACUGAGAUAAAGAGCGUGUCCGAGGUUGUGGAGGCUCUGUCGCGGAGGGCUGUUGAUCGGGCUGUCGAGAAUGGGGCUUUGCGGGAGAGUGUGACUAUUGCUGAGGUGGAAAGUUUUCCGUUGCAGUAUAUUGCAAACAAGUCACGAAUGAUCACCAAAGCCGUAGGAGAUUUCGACUUUUCCAGACCAGCAUCCGUGGACACAACCAUGAUCCCAAACGACAUCGAGAACUACGACGAAGAAAUGCCUAGACCACCGGCACCGCCUCGAAGCGAGGAAAUCCCAUCACUGCAAACCUUGGUCUACACAAAAGACUACAUUGAAGGCUACAAGCCAAAGGUUCUCAACCGGCAAUGGCACCUCUCUGAAACAGACCUCGACUGGAUCACGACGGGCUGCUACAUCCUCGGCACAGGAGGCGGCGGCUCACCUUACCAACACAUGCUCCGCCUCCGCGAAAUGAUGCGCGCAGGCGCCACAGUCAAAAUUAUUUCUCCGCACGACCUCAAGGACGAUGAUAUUGUAGCCUGCGGCGGCGGGAAAGGGUCGCCGCAGGUAUCCAUUGAGAAGCCGUACGGUGAUGAAAUCAUGGAAUCACAGAGAGAACUCUACGCAUACCUCAAGACAAAUCCAACGGCCGUCAUAUCUCUCGAGAUCGGAGGUGGCAACGGCCUGCAGGGCCUCAUCCUCGGCGCCAGUACGAAUCUCGAUAUUCCGACAAUCGACGGUGACUGGAUGGGUCGCGCGUAUCCCAUCUCUCACCAGACCACGCCAGUAGUCUUUGAGAAGAAGGCGACGAUGAUUCCGUCAUGUAUAUCAGACGGGAACGGCAGAAUCAUGGUACACACCCUUGCCCGUCUGUUGCUGGCUACAAGACACCUCAUGACAAAAGCCCGCACAGAACUCAACGCAGAACGGGCCUUCCGCGCCGCACUCUCGCAGAUGGGCUCCCACGUAGGCUGCGCAAAGGGACCUGUCAGCGGUCGCGAUACGAAGUCCUGGGUUGUUGAGAAUACCGUCUCGCUGUCCUGGCGGAUUGGUCGCGCCGUAGCGAUGGCGCGGUGUACCAAUGCCAUCGACACAGUCGCCGAGGCCGUUGUGGACGUGGUCGGCGGGCAGGAGUCGGCGAGAGUGCUGUUUAGGGGCAAGAUUGUAGGGGUCGAGAGAGUUACAAGGAUGGGGCAUGCUUAUGGAGAGGUUACUAUCGAGGGGUAUACUGACGGGAGUAGUGGUGGUGAUGGAGCGGUUGAGAAGUUUGUUAUACCAUUCAAGAAUGAGAAUAUUCUUGCGAAAAAGGUUAAUGCCGGUGGGCAGGAAGAUAUCCUCGCAAUCGUCCCAGAUCUAGUCUGCGUCCUCGACGCGCAGAACGGCGAGGCCCUCGGCACACAAGAGUACCGCUACGGCCUCCUUGUGGUGGUUCUCGGCAUCACGGCGUCGGACAAGUGGACGUCGACGGCGCGGGGCAUCGAAAUUGGCGGGCCCAAGGGGUUCGGAAUGGAUGGGUUGGAAUAUGUGCCUCUCGGGACUUUUACGAAGCCUCGGAGCGUCAUUGACGAGUUUGGUGGCUAG